CUUUCCGUCAGCUGUCUUGGACUCUACGAAAAAGCUGCACAGGGUAUACCUGGGUCUACGCAAGGAGCGAGAGCACGAAAGAUGUCUUCCGCUCCUGUUCCAUCGAUUGCACUAACCACACCAAACAUGUCGGCCGGCAACGCGACCUUUGAGCCUUUGCUGACCUGGCUCACACUCAUACUUGCUCAACUUGAACGCACGUUCUACAAGGUCCCCGGCUCAGCGGUCAUCGCCCGCUACGUCCGUUCCUCUCACCAGAAUGAUCCAGGUCGGACUGUAACCUUGAUGCAGUCAAGGAGUAGAGACAAGAGCGAGGGAAAGUUGAUCAAAUUUAGCGAGAAGGAAAUUGACGAACUUAUCGACGAGUGGACUCCAGAACCUCUUAGCGCUCCUCUUACAGAAUGGGAACAGCGCGACCUUGCGUCUGUGCCUGUGAUCGCAGGCCCUAAUGGUCCUAAACCAAAAAUCUUGUCUACAGGCAAGACUGUUAUCAAUCUGGCCAGUUACAAUUUUGCUGGCCUUGCUGGGAACGAACAUAUCAAGGAACGAGCCGUCGAGACGCUGAGAAAAUACGGGCUAGGAAGCUGUGGACCUCCUGGAUUCUACGGGACAGUCGAUGUUCAUCUGGAACUAGAGCGAGAUAUCGCAGACUUCCUCGGCACAGAGUCUGCUAUUCUCUACUCGCAAGGCUUCGUUACCAUUUCUUCCGUCAUUCCUGCCUUCUGUAAACGUGGGGACAUCAUUGUUGCAGAUCGUGCAGUCAACUUCGCGAUUCAGAAAGGUAUACAGAUAUCCCGUUCCACUGUGCGGUGGUACGACCAUAACGAUUUGAAGAGUUUGGAGGACAAGGACAGGAGAAAGAGAGGCACGCCUAUUACCAGGCGAUUUAUAAUUACUGAGGGGAUUUUCGAGAGAGAUGGGGAGAUUGUAGACUUGCCCAAGUUGAUUGAGUUGAAGCACAAGUACAAGUAUCGGCUUAUUCUCGAUGAAAGCAUCUCCUUUGGUUCAGUCGGUAGGACUGGAAGAGGCCUUACAGAGUUAUACAAUGUUCCCGCUUCCCAAGUCGACAUGCUAGUUGGCUCUGUUGCCAAUGGUCUAUGCUCUGCUGGUGGAUUUUGUGCUGGCUCCACCAUCCGCAUCAACGGCACCUCAUUCGUGUUUUCAGCUUCGAUGCCCCCACUCCUGGCAAACGUGAGGGCUGUCAGGGCUGUGCUUGAGAAGACUGAGGGCAUUGCCUGUGCAACGAACCCGACGACGGUCAUGCCUCCACCAACUGGACCCUCUUUCGACUAUGAAGCUGAAGAGAAAAUCUUGCAGGAUAUUGUCGACGAUGCUCUCGUGAAUGGCGUAUUUAUCACGCGUGCGAAGAGGUUGAGGGGCCAGGAAAUGGUGGAGACAAGACCGACUGUGAGGAUAGUCGUCACCGCUGCGCUGACGAAGAAGGAGAUAGAGAAGGCUGCGGGAGUCGUGAAAGGGAGCGUGGUCAAGGUACUUGGGAAGAGGAAGCCGUGAGAGUUGAUCUCUCUGUCAAGAUCAGCGGGCAGGAGAGGAUAGUCAUAUACCUCUUAAGUAUCUAACUGUAAAUGAUACCUCACCGAAACCUAUUUCUUGAGAGGAUGGUAGUAUAUUUACUGCGUUAGAGGCAAAUUAGGGGAUAC